UUUAUUCAGCAAAAGGUACACAAACACAUAAAAUAUUUCUUGGAGCUUAUGUACGUUUUUGAACUGUCGGAUAUGCAUCACUUACAAACAGAGUUGGGAUUUGACUGACUGACUGACAGACAUUGACUUGUCAGUCUGUCAGUCAAACGACUUGAGCGGAACAUUUAUAUGAACGUUUCCCAACAAACGAAUAUUUUUGUUCGCGAUUUUGACUGACUGACUGACUGACUGACAGACAUUGACAUGUCAGUCAGUCAGUCAAUCGAGUUGAACGGAACAUUUGCCCAUCUCUGCUUACAAAGCUUAAGCAAACUAAAAGAAAUUUAUAAAUUGGAGGAA